AUGCCAUUGUCCCUUGUCGAUCUCUUUGUCUCUGCCCUGUCUAACCUUAUUGAUGUGUCCCCUGAGUAUCCCGCCAAGUUGGAGGACUUCAUGACCUGGGGUCAAAACUUUGCCCAUACCCUAGCCAGCCUGGAGGCAAUUCCCUCGUUUGAGCCUUCCCUACAGCUCGUGAUCUGGCUUGAUAGCACCAAGGACACCCUUGAGACCUAUGUGACUAAUGACUGGUUAGCAUGGGGGACACAAAUCCUACAGACACGUGUAAUGCGCCGUGACAAGUGUAUCCAGGCUGAGGUCGCUGCUGCUCAGGCCAAGGCCACUCAUGUUGCUGAGGUGGAAGCUUGCCGGUUGGCCGAUGAAGAGCGUGUUGCACGCGGAGUUGCUGAAGAGGCGCAUCGGAGGGCUCGUGAUUGGGAGAUCAUGGGCUUGUAUGAGAGUGAGCAUUGUCUGGCCAAGCCGCUGGAGACAGAAUCGGGACCUAGCAUGGUGAGUGCCAAGAAUUGGGUAGUGGGGUGUGAUGGCAAUGUUGAGAUGGUGGCACCCAUUUUACAGAUGGGCGAUGCUAUUGACUCCUUGCGGGCAUCGACUACGGCGCUGUCCAUACGAGGGGAGAGUCUUGUGCCAUCCAGGACUAGGCUCUUCCUUCCUGAUGGCGAGGAGGAGGUUGUGGAGCUGGAUCAGACAGAGAAGUGGCGCAAGGUUGUGAAUGAAAAGCGGAAGGGCAAGCAUCGCACCCCACCUGCGUGGAUGUCUGUGAAGUCUCUAGCCAAACUGCCUUGCACCUAUUGUUCCCACUUUGUCACCCCCUUCGUCUGUUUCCACGUCCUGGGCAAUGCAACGCACUGCCUCAAGCAUCACCGUGAUUGCAAGUCAUGUGACAGGCCCCGUCGAUGGACAAAGCUCCUUUUGACCCCUUUGGACACCACCCCUCUUCCUCUUCCUUCCUCUCAUCCUGUUCCUUGCAUCAUGCGUGAUCUUCCCGCCUCUACCUCCUCUGCUCCUUCUCCACCCGUCGCUUCUUCCUCUUCUGCCUGCUUCCUUUCCAGCGACCUUCGUCAGCCUGCUCGUCGCUUGGCUUGCGUGGCGUGCAGUGAACUCCGGACUCGUUGGAUGGUAGACUGCAACAUCAAAAUCCUUCAUUGGUGGAUGGCUCGGACUGGGAGUGAGGUCCACUAUUUGUUAUCUGAGCAUGAGGCGCGUAGAAAUGAGCUUGCUGAGCUGGAGUGCAUUCGCGCGUCAUUGCCAGAGGGGUCGGAGAAUGAGGACGAGGAUGGUGAGGGUAGUGUGGAGUUGGUGCUCAACUAG